CAGAUUCGGUGAAGAAAUUGUCGAAUCACGCGCCUGAAAAGUGGAAACAUGCUGAGAAAACAGAACCAAGUCAGUCAGUCCAGUUCCAAUCCAAUCCAAUUAGCUAAGUUAACUAUCAUUUAAACUACAGUUUAGCUUAUCAGGAAAAUUAACUAUAGUUAACCGACUUCUAGUGGUCUCUCUUAGGUUUGUUUCAGAUUACUGUACCGUCACAACAGACGAAUUUUCUUCUCUCUUUUACGCCAUAUUCUGUCGCGGCGAUAUUCAUUUUUAUUCACUUUUCCUUUUAUGUCAUCUCAUGAGAUUUUAACCCCAUAAUCCACUUUCUAAAAAUUUGAACCUUUUUUGUUUGAUCUGGGAUCUCUUCUUUGUUUGUUCUGUUCCUGUUGUCUAGAGAGAGUUCGGUUUAAAGAUCUUUAAAAGGUUCAAAAGAUUCCACAAACAAUCGGGUCUUCAUAGAGAGAGAGAAAAAAAAAAAGAAAAGAGAGGAAGCUUUGAGUUUGGACUUUGGAGUUUUGGAUAUAAAUAUAUUAUGGUAGUUGUCUCCAUACCUGAUUUCUGAUAAGGGAUCAAUGUUCUUUUCAAUCUUUUUCUCUCUCUACAAUUAAACCAAACCCCGUUGGUUUGAGAAGCCUGCAAAGAUGUUCUGUCUCCUUCGCUUGUCUUUUUCUUAAUACUAUUUGAUCGUCAUGCAAAGAUGAGAGAGAAAAAGGAAAGGAAGCUUUGCAUUAAAAGGGUGUCUUCUUUUUUUUGGGGGUGUUUUAAUAAAAGGGUGAGAGAGGUUUUUAAUUGAUGUCCUAAAAUUUAAUGAACUGGUUUUCACUUCCCAGUUCAUGUUUCUCAAUCUUGAAUUUAAUAACCAAUCCCUGAGUUGUUUGUCCCUAAAACCUAAACCCCAACUUGAAAGAAAGAAAUGAGAAAAGAGGCAGAAAAGAGCUUGGAUCCUCAGCUAUGGCAUGCCUGUGCUGGAUCCAUGGUUCAAAUUCCACCAGUGAACUCCAAAGUCUUCUACUUUCCUCAAGGCCAUGCCGAACACUCUUUAUCUCCGGUCGAUUUUUCAUCUUCUCCUCCAAUCCCGGCUCUAGUUCUUUGCCGGGUGGCUUCUGUCAAAUUCUUGGCUGAUGCUGAAACCGAUGAAGUGUAUGCCAAGAUCAUGCUUGUACCAUUGCCCAACACUGAGCCUGAUCUCGAGAACGUUGCCGUUUUGGGUGGUGGGUCUGAUAAUGUGGAAAAGCCUGCUUCUUUUGCUAAGACAUUGACUCAAUCCGAUGCAAACAACGGGGGUGGUUUUUCGGUUCCCAGAUAUUGUGCUGAAACCAUAUUUCCGAGACUGGAUUACACUGCCGAUCCUCCGGUUCAAACUGUGAUUGCCAGGGAUGUUCAUGGUGAGAUUUGGAAGUUUAGGCAUAUCUAUAGGGGAACACCUAGGAGACAUUUAUUGACUACCGGCUGGAGUAGUUUCGUUAACCAUAAGAAACUUGUUGCUGGGGACUCCAUUGUGUUCUUGAGAGCCGAAAACGGUGAGCUUUGUGUUGGGAUAAGGCGGGCCAAGCGGGGGAAUGAUACUGGAGCUGAAUCUGGUCUUGGAAAUGGAAACUACGUUAGUCCUUAUGGAGGGUUUUCAGGUUUCUUGAAGGAGGAUGAGAGUAAGAUAACCCGAAAAGGGAAUCCGAGAGGGAAGGGAAAAGUGAGAGCAGAGGCUGUUGUGGAGGCAGUGGGGCUUGCCGCUAAUGGCCAGCCUUUUGAGAUAGUUUACUAUCCGAGAGCAAGCACACCGGAGUUUUGUGUUAAGGCAUCUGUAGUAAGGGCGGCAAUGAGGGUUCCUUGGUGUUCUUUGAUGAGGUUCAAGAUGGCUUUCGAGACCGAGGAUUGUUCUAGGAUUAGUUGGUUCAUGGGGACUGUAUCUUCUGUUCAUAUUGCAGACCCCCUUCGAUGGCCUAAUUCCCCGUGGCGCCUUCUUCAGGUAACAUGGGAUGAACCAGAUUUGCUGCAAAAUGUUGAACGCGUGAGUCCCUGGUUGGUUGAAUUGGUACCUAACAUGCUUCCCGUCCACCUGUCACCCUUCUCAACAGUGACCCCCAGAAAGAAGUUGAGGCUUCCUGAGCACCUCGAUUUCCCCCUUGUUGAACAAUUUCCGAUGCCAUCGUUUUCCGGUCAUCCCCUCAGGUCAAGCAACCCAUUAUGUUGUUUAUCUGAUAAUGCUCCUGCAGGCAUACAGGGAGCCAGGCAUGCUCAAGUCAGAUUAUCUUCAUCAGAUCCCCAUCUUAAUAAACUGAAGUCCGGACUGUUUCCGUCUGGCUUCCAGCUGUUUGAUCCGCAAGCUCGAGUUCCUAAUGGCAUCUCAAUGACAAAGCACACAGACAGUAACGAUGAUAAUCUAUCGUGCUUAUUAACAGUAGGGAAUUCUAGUCCAAAGAAGAAAUCUGAAAACGGAAAGAGACACCAGUUUUUACUCUUUGGUCAGCCAAUACUUACCGAGCAGCAGCUCUCUCGGAGCUGUUCAACUGGAGUAAAAACUGCUCUCGAGAAUGAAGACAAAAGAAAAGAUUAUUCCAAUGGUUCAGAAUCUGCUCUCGAGAAUCAAUUGUCUCCAGAGAAGUCAUUUACUACCAGAUUAUUGUGGCAGCAGGACUAUCAAGCCCCAGAACCUGGCUCAGCCACUGGUCAUUGCAAGGUAUUCUUGGAAUCUGAGGAUGUGGGACGAACUCUUGACCUCACAGUUCUCGGUUCUUAUGAAGAUCUAUACAUGAGGUUGGCUAACAUGUUUGGAAGAGAAAGAUCAGAGAUGUUGGGCCAUGUCUUGUAUCGAGAUGCAACAGGUGCUGUCAAACAAACUGGAGAUGAACCAUUCAGUACUUUUAUGAAGACGGUCAAAAGAUUGAACAUAAGGAUGGAUUCACGCAAUGAUACCGAUGGAAGAUAACAUGUUUUCCCAGGUCAUGGCUCACAGGGAUUCGAACUGCCAAAAACAGACUAGAAGGGCCAAAUAAGAGAGGUCCCUUGAGCAUAUUUGCAUGAUUCAGAACACCAGUAUUUGAGAAAAACAUGGAUGAUGGAUCGCUCUAGAAGUUGCACAACACCAUGAAAGUGUUUUAAGUUCCUCUUAGGGGGGAUGUCUGUAAGAAGUUUCUUAGUCAAAUAUUUGUGUUCAAAAAGAAGAUUUAUGUCUUAGAAUUUGCUGAAUGUUUUUAUGAGUUUAUGUUGAUGAUGGUUAUGAAUCCAUCAAUUCAAACUUCAACUGUUAAGGAUUUCUGUUUCUUAAUGCAAAUCAAAAUAACCCCUUCUGAGAUAAAA